GCGCGCUGAUUCUGACCCACGUGGCAUGACGUCCUGCUUGAUGUGUUCAUCAGCGAAUAACAGUCUGUGAAGCCGUUUAAUAGAGUUACUAUUCAACAACAGAAGAGAUAUGUCUCAGUUACAAACCAGGUUCUUCACGGAUAACAAAAAAUAUUCAGUCGAUGACGUCCCAUUCUCCAUCCCUGCUGCCUCAGAGGUACAGGAACUCAGCAACGUCAUCAACAAGCUGCUCGAAGCAAAGAAUGGGUCUCACAGCCAGAUUGAGUUUGACUUCCUGGUGCGAGGUCAGUUCCUGCGGACAUCGUUGUCAAAUCACAUGGAGGCUGAAGGCAUCUCAACGGAAGAUGUGGUGGAGAUCGAGUAUGUGGAGAGGUUCACCGCUCCCCAACCAGAGGAGUGUAUGAUGCAUGAUGACUGGAUCAGCUCAGUGGAGGCAGACUCUGAAUGGAUCCUGACGGGUUCCUAUGAUAAGACGGCCAGGAUCUGGUCUCUGGAGGGCAAGGCUGUGAUGACGGUGGCCGGACACACGGACGUGGUGAAGGACGUGGCCUGGGUCAGGAGAGAUGGCCUGACCUCCCUGCUGCUCACGGCCUCUCUGGACCAAACCAUUCUGCUGUGGGAGUGGAACUCUGAGAGGAACAAGCUGAAGGCUAGACACUGUUGCCGUGGACACGCUGGGAGUGUUGACACUAUCGCCACGGAUCCCACACGCACCAAGUUCUGCAGUGGUUCCUGGGACAAGAUGCUGAAGAUCUGGUCAGCAGUGGCCACGGAGGAGGAGGAGGAGGUAGAGGAGCCUCCCAGCAGACCCAGAAAGAAACAGAAGACUGAACAGCUCGGACUGACCAGGACACCCCUCAUGACAUUGUCUGGUCACAACGAGGCGGUGUCGUCUGUCCUCUGGUUGGACAGUGAGGAGAUCUGCAGUGCAUCCUGGGACCACACCAUCCGCCUCUGGGAUGCCGAGACCGGAAGCGUGAAGACCACACUGACUGGCAGUAAGGUGUUUAACCACAUCUCCUACUCUCCACUGUGCCGUCGCCUGGCCUCUGGCAGCACUGACAGACACGUCAGGCUGUGGGACCCUCGCUCUAAAGACGGGUCGUUGGUGUUGCUGUCUCUUACCUCUCACAGCGGCUGGGUCACAGCGGUGAAGUGGGCUCCUUCCCAUGAGCACCAACUGGUGUCUGGUUCCCUCGACAACCUGGUCAAACUCUGGGACACCAGGAGCUGCAAGACCCCUUUGUAUGAUGUGUCUGCCCAUGAGGACAAGGUGCUCUGUGUGGACUGGACUGACAGCAGGUUGAUGUUGAGUGGAGGAGCUGACAACAAGCUGUACACAUACAGAUACACAGCCUGCGAGACAGACGCUGGAGCGUAGACGAGACAGACUGGAGACAGACUGGAGACAGACCCUGGAGACAGACUGGAGACAGACUGGAGACAGACCCUGGAGACAGACUGGAGACAGACUGGCGACAGACCCUGGAGACAGACCCUGGAGACAGACCCUGGAGCGUAGACGAGACAGACUGGAGACAGACUGGAGACAGACCCUGGAGCGUAGACGAGACAGACUGGAGACAGACUGGAGACAGACCCUGGAGCGUAGACGAGACAGACUGAGACAGA